AUGUACGAGCUCUUUCUCACGACGCUCGUCGACGACGAUGAUAUUCAGGCGGCAUGCUCCGUCCUCGGCGGUCUCUGCGCCAUGCCCGCAUGGCAGAGUCUCCAUCGCGUCCUUUAUUUCAAGGGCCCAGGCAAACCCGGCGGAAUGUCGAACCAGAAUUCGAUCGUCAAAACGCCGCGCAAGGACAUUCAGAUGCUGUGGAAAGACCUGCAUCAGCAACUGAGCCGUCAAUCUUACAUCCUUCAAGCCCGAUAUGAGGUCUUCAAGGAUAAGGACUUCGGCCCGACCGCUCCGGAAGUGGACUUCAAUGCGCGUGCCGGCACCCUCCGGUGGACCGAUUUCCCUGAUCCUCCCCAGGUCCGCUCCUCGGUUACUCAGCGCAAGAAGACUGAGAUUUGGGACCAACGGAACUUGUUGUUCAAAAGCGAGGCUAUUGAGGAAACCUAUCAGUUCUUCCGAGAAGAUGUAGAAUUUUGCCUCUCAAGACACUACAUUCUCCAGAUGAACGGCGACAAUGGCCCUCUCACUCAAACAGCUACAUGGGACACCAUGUCACCAGCGGAUCCCGGGCAGCGAUGGAUGUUUCUGAUUAAGGUUCAUGUUCAUCAAGACAACAAGCCCGAUGAGAUCCUCAAGGCGCACGAGCAGUUGGCCAAUAUUCGGCGUGAGCUCGAGGGCGUCUUCGAAUUUAAGAUGUUUGACCGACGCAUACACGACACCCGCGUUGCGGUUGAGAUGAGAAAUGCGCCUGCACCACUGCCCCAGGUCAUGACCAUCACAGACCAGCGAUCGAACACCAUCGCGAUUCGCUGGGACUUUGCUCUCCAACGGUUCAACCUCCAGUCGUCUCCUGAGCGUCGCACUGAACGCCAUCAGGUCUUUGAUCAGCGCGAGAGGUUUAGACGAAAGGUUUGA